GUGUCCCGGGUGGGACGGGGACACGGCGGCGCCCGCGGGCCCCGCGUCAGCACCGGCCGCGGCUUCAAAGCGCGGCCCCGGGAGGAAGCGGGAGCGGAGCCCGGCGCGAUGUCGGAGCUGGAGCGGCUGCGGCAGAGCGACAUCCCCGCGGGCCGGCAGCGGCUGCGGGAGCAGCACGGCAACCUGCUGCGGGUGGCCGACUACUGCCACGGCAACUACCUGCAGGCCGGCGACAAGAGGAAGGCGCUGGAGGAGACGAUGGCCCUGAGCACGCAGUCCCUGGCCAGUGUCACCUACCAGGUCAGCAGCGUGGCCACCGCCUUCCUGCGGCUGCUGGAGCUGCUGGCGGCCCAGCUGCGCCGCGUGGAGAGCGACAUCGCCUGCGUGGCACAGAGCGUGGACAUGCACGAGGAGAAGGUGUCGCGCCGCGAGAUCGGCGCGCUGGCCGUCACCAGGCGGUUCCUGAGCUGCCAGAAGGUCGUGGCCCCCCCAAAUCCCCCCGUGCUGGAGCCCUACCACAGGAAACCCCUCAACUUCAGCGCGCUGGACGACAUCGGCCACGGGGUCAAGGACACCAGCACGCAGCUGUCCCGCACCGGCACCCUGGCUCGGAGAAGCGCCAAAUCCUGCUCGGCACAGGCCGGGGGAGCGCCGGGGAGGAGCGGCCGUGUCCCGGGGCCGGUGCAGCCGCCCGUGGUUCCCGCAGGGAAGUUCCCGAGCGGCUCCUGCAGCUCCUCCCCACUGCCCCUCCGCUCCAGCGGCGCCCCGGCAGCUCCUGGGGACGGAAUUCCUGCCCCGCCACCCCUGCCAGGGACACCCCUGCUGGCACCGUCCCCUCCAGGGCCUGCCGCUGCCAUCCCAGCCCCGCCACCGCUGCCCGGGGACCUGCUGCCACCGCUGCCCGGGGACCUGCUGCCACCCCACCCCGGGGACCUGCUGCCACCCCACCCUGGGGACCUGCUGCCACCCAUCCCCAGGGACCUGCUGCCACCCCACCCAAGGGACCUGCUGCCACCCCACCCCGGGGACCUGCUGCCACCCCACACAAGGGACCUGCUGCCACCCAUCCCCAGGGACCUGCUGCCACCCCACACAAGGGACCUGCUGCCACCUGUACCCGGGGACCUGCUGCCACCCCACCCAAGGGACCUGCUGCCACCCAUCCCCAGGGACCUGCUGCCACCCCACCCCGGGGACCUGCCCGUGUCCCCAGCAGAGCUCCUGUCCCCAGCCCCCGGUGGCCCCGAGCCGCUGCCGCCACCCCCGGCUGUGCCUGACUUUGGGGACCUGGACCUGCCACCGCCACCAGACGGGGAGGAGCCUCCGUGGGCACCAGAGAGCUGCCUGGAGAAAGCUCUGGAUCCCUGCCCUGGAUCCCAGCUCUGAAGCUCAGUCCUGGACCCCUGCCCUGGAUCCCAGUCCUGAAUUCCAGUCCUGGAUCCCAGCCCAGAACGGGACCCUGGGCACGGAGCAGAGCUGCUGUCCCCGUGGGCUCCAGAGAUGGUCCAACCCCAAACCCCACCCCAAAUCAUCCCCCUGACCCCACCGUGCCGCUCCAACCCCAUCCCCCAGCCCCCAGGACAGACCCCAGC